UUAUAUAUGAUGAAAGCCAACAAAAUUUUAUCACACUUUCUUCUGUAUCAGUUCCAAGAUGAAGUCAAUCGGUGCUGUAUUACUUUUGCUUGCAUCAUGCAUUUCAAUUCAUUGUGCUUGGGUCGAUGAGAUGGAGAACCCGGGCAUGUUUGAAGGAGAUAUCCAAUUGGAUCCGGACGAGAAAGAAGGAAUUUUAAAAACUGGCAAUGCGUUUGCAAGUAUUAAAGGUGGAAGAUGGCCAGGUGGAAGAAUUACAUAUCAAAUAGACAGUUCAAUUGGUUCUCGGGGGGUGUCAGCUAUCAAUAACGCUAUUGCAAAUUAUCAUCGCUAUACAUGUUUGAAAUUUACCAAAGUAUCACGAGGAGCGGGUAUUGAAUUCUACAGAGGAUCUGGUUGUUCCUCACCAGUGGGGUACAGAUCUGGCAGACAAAAUAGAAUCUCACUUGCGAGUGGAUGUUGGUAUAAAGGUACUGUCAUGCAUGAGAUUGGACACAGCAUGCGGGAACAUUUCUUCCUAGGAAUUUACCAUGAGCAAAGCAGACCAGACAGAGACAACUAUGUGCAAAUCAUAUGGAGCAACAUUCCACAAAAUCGACAGUUCAACUUCAGGAAGCAAUCCUACAACAUCAUUGAUCGUAAUAUUAGAACUCCAUAUGAUUACGGAUCAAUGAUGCACUACGGCGCAAAGGCUUUUGGCAAUGGUAAAACCACCAUUAGAACCCUAAAUUCUGCAAGCAUUGGACAAAGAAAUGGAUUCAGUCAAAUUGAUAUCAAGCAAAUUAACCUAAUGUAUUGUUCUUAGAUUGGAUAAAGCUAACAGAAAUGGGACUAAAUAUCUAUCUAUGUUUA